UCGCGUAUCGAUAAUUGUUCGCGGGUUUAAAAGGUGUAUCCCGGCGAUAUGCGUAUCAAUUAAUUUCCGAGCGUUUAUCUCUCCGUCCCGCUGGGGGAAUCUCGGAAUCUUUGACCGGUCGGAGCGAUCGAAUGAUUUUUGCGACCAAGGACGUGACGUAGCGCGUGUCAGAAGUGCACCAGUCGCGACGUAAUCCUUGUGUGCUGUUUUGUGGCCGCCGUUCGUGGACCUGCCCGGGUCGCCGCGAUUUUACACUCCCCACUAUUAAUCGGAAGUCCAACGGUAACUCCUCUUAUCGGCCAAUCGGAGGGGCGGCUCGCUGGGGCUCGUCUGCGAGCGAACACGUUCCGCAUUCGCAUAUAAAGGAAGCGUUUUGACGGACGCUGGUAACAUGCCGCCGAAAUUCCACGGUAUCAGCUGGACGAGUUUGACGCGGGCCACGCGGCAGUUCGACGGCAAACGGGACGUCUCCAUCAAUUGCCGCUGUUUCACCUCAACCGGCAAUCUCCUCGGCUUAAUUUCGACUCAUGCUCCAAAGAUCAGCCGCUCCACGCACUUCGUCGCACCGUCCGUCUUCGCAAUCGGAAAAGCCCGCAGGAUGCCGCACGCCGUCGAGACCCAUCAUUUGCGAAGUGCGAGAUUUAUCGUAACUCAUGCAGCAAAGAACCCAUCGAUUAAAAAUGGACUUGAUUACAUUGGGAAAAUACCGCUCUUAAAUGCAUGCGCGAUAGAGAUUUCCUCCAAACUUCGCUAUUACAUCGAGGAAUGCGCUUUACUGUGCAGUCCUAAAGACAUUUAUAUAUGCAAUGGUACAGAUGUUGAGUAUAUGCAAAUGCUAAAAAUUCUUCAAAAAAGUGGAACCAUCGAGAGCUUGCCCAAAUAUGAAAACUGCUGGUUGGCAAAGACUAACCCUGCAGAUGUGGCACGUGUCGAGAAACGUACGUUCAUCAGUACAGAUUUGAAAAGUGAUACUAUUCCUACACCACGUAAAGGUGUAACUGGAGAACUUGGGAAUUGGAUCUCUCCUAACGAUAUGGAAAAAGCUAUUUUGGAACGUUUUCCGGGCUGUAUGAAAGGACGUACCAUGUAUGUGAUUCCCUUCAGUAUGGGACCCGUGGGUUCUCCACUCUCUAAAAUUGGUAUAGAAAUUACCGACUCGGCUUACGUAGUUUGUUCGAUGAGAAUAAUGACAAGAAUGGGAGAAAAGGUACUUGAGGCCAUGGGAAAUAAUGAUUUUGUUAAAUGUUUACACUCGGUUGGUGUGCCGAAACACAAUUCAAAGGUCAAUAUAACUCACUCGUGGCCAUGCGAUCCCGAAAGGACAAUUAUCCUGCACAAACCUGCCAAAAACGAGAUUGUGUCUUACGGAAGUGGUUAUGGUGGAAAUUCUCUGUUGGGAAAAAAGUGCUUCGCGCUUCGAAUUGGUUCGACAAUAGCAAGGAAAGAGGGAUGGCUUGCUGAACAUAUGCUCAUAUUGGGUAUCACAAAUCCUAAGGGCAAAAAACGUUAUAUCGCCGCCGCUUUUCCGAGCGCCUGCGGUAAAACAAACCUGGCUAUGAUGCAACCUACCCUACCAGGUUACAAGAUCGAAUGUGUAGGAGAUGAUAUUGCAUGGAUGAGAUUCGAUAAUAAAGGAAACUUACGCGCCAUUAAUCCGGAAAAUGGAUUUUUCGGAGUUGCCCCCGGCACGAGUUCGGCCACGAAUCCCAAUGCCAUGAAAACCAUCUUUAAAAAUACCAUUUUCACUAACGUAGCGUCUACUUGCGAUGGAGGAGUGUAUUGGGAAGGAAUGGAGAAAGAGGUCGCAGACAACAUCAAGGUGAUAGAUUGGAGAGGAAACGAUUGGUUUAGAGGUUCCAAAAUACCAGCUGCUCAUCCAAAUUCAAGAUUCUGUACUCCUGCCAAGCAAUGUCCCAUUAUUGAUCCUUCUUGGGAGGAUCCAGCUGGAGUCCCGAUCGAUGCUAUACUAUUUGGAGGACGGAGGCCCGAAGGUGUACCUUUGGUUUAUCAAGCACGAAACUGGCAACAUGGUGUUUUUAUCGGUGCCACAAUGAGGUCUGAGGCUACAGCCGCCGCUGAACACAAGGGUAAAGUAAUCAUGCACGAUCCAUUUGCUAUGAGACCUUUCUUUGGUUACAACUUUGGACACUAUCUCGCCCACUGGUUAAGUAGGGCACAUGUGAAGAAUGCUAAAUUGCCAGCAAUAUUUCACGUGAAUUGGUUCCGGAAGGAUUUGGACGGAAAAUAUCUGUGGCCAGGAUUUGGUGAGAACUCACGUGUACUCGACUGGAUUCUUCGAAGGAUCGAUGGCGAAGAUAUUGCUGUGGACUCGCCUAUUGGUUUAUUGCCGAAACCAGGGUCACUUAAUUUAGAAAAUCUCAAAGAUGACGUGAACAUGACGGAAUUAUUUAGAUUACCAAAAACUUUCUGGCAAAAAGAAGUCGAGGAUUUGAGGGAAUAUUUUGACGCUCAAGUGGGAAAUGAUUUACCCGAAGCUAUUAUGAUGGAGCUCACUCGUCUCUCUGAUAACGUUAAUAAUCUUUAAUUUUUUGAUUUUAUAAUUAUACAUAUAUUGAAUAAUUUAUACAUAUACAUGGGUGAAUAUUAAUGGUGCACCAACCUUUUACCAUAGGAGAUGAAUUACCGACCACUACUGUAGCCAAACCUGGAAAAAAUGGAAAAAUCUCGUUAUACAUAUGUAUUUCAAUCAUGUAAUAUUUAAUUAUAACUCGAGAAAUAUAAGUAGAUAUUAUACAUAUGAUUGAGACACACAGACACGAGAUUUUUCCAUUCUUUUCCAGUUACGGUCGGUAACUCAUCUUCUAUGAUAAAAGGUUGGUGCAUCCAUCCCACACAGCACAGGGAACUCCCGGGGAGCUCUUAAAAUUGAUCAUAAGCUUCACUUGAACUUCAAACGAACUCGCACGGAGUCCCCUGAGAGCUCCUAUGUCCGCUUUUGAGAGCUCUCUGGGAGCUUUAUUUAAGCUCGCAGGGAGUUUAACUGAGGCUCCCAGGGAGCUCUUAAAAGCGGACAUAGGAGCCCCAGAGGAGCUUCAUUUAAGCUCGCAGGGAGUUCAGAAAACAUGUUUUAAAAACUCUCUGCGUGCUUAAAUGAAGCUCCCAGGGAGCUACGUGCGAGUUCGUUUAAAGUUCAAAUAAAGUUUAUGAAAAAUUUUAUUAGCUCCCCAGGAUUUCUCCGUGCUGUAUGG